AUGAUUAAUCUUUUCUUGUUUACACAAAAAGUAAAAUCAGCAGAUAAUCUUUCAUGGGUUUACGUCGAUUAUCCGACUUGGAAUCAAUGGCGUUCCGAUUUUGAUAUUCGCUAUGUUAUUGAUAACCGUUACUACUUUCCAACAUCAUACGCGAACUACGGUUGGUGGCCAGCUUUCAAAGUUGAUAAUGGAAAUUUAGUUUAUAUUCUCGGAAUAAAUAACGGUGAAGCGUCUUCAAAUAAUGUUUAUGUUAAAACCAAAUUAUCUUAUCCAUUUUGUUCUAAUUACAUCCUUGUCCAAUGGAUUGUUACCAACCAGGAUAAAGAACCACACUAUGUUUCCUUAGCUUCCCAUACUGAUGUACAGAUCAUAUUUAAUGAUAGAGCCAGAGUUGAUUGGUAUGGUGGCAACCGUGGUUUAACAAUGACACAAGAUAACAAAUAUCUUGAGCUCCAUAACACAAAGCUUACUCUUUUGGCACGUGAUGGUUACGGUGUUACAAAUGUUGAUGACUUUUGGUUUGGUCCAUGGUACCGUUUUAACCAACAUUAUUGGGAGAACAAAACAGAUACAGAACCUCUUAUAAACAGAGACUCUGCUUUCUCUAUUGGCUGGCACAAGCGCGCAAUUUAUCCAAAUCAGACUUUGACAUUCGGUGUUCUCCUUGGUGUUGGCGAUAACUUAAAGAGCCCACCAAUCAUCAACGUUACAACCAACUUCCAGCAGAACUACAAUCCAAACUCUAAGGUCAAUGUAACUGUCAUAGUUCAAGAUUACGAUGCUGGUGAAACAAUAACACUCUAUUGCAACUUCCCGAAUGGUAUAACAAAAUAUCACAAUAAAUCACUAACAAGUUGGAAAGCUGGAUCACAUGGCUUAAAUGAGUCUUACUCAUUUGAAGUUACACUUGGAACCACCGUUUCCUCCUAUCCAUUGACAGUUUGGGCUAACGAUGGCUUGUAUAAAUCAAACGUCUUCACAAAGCAACUUCUUGUUAACCAGGCUCCAAAGUUGACAAUCACCAACACAAUUGCUUCCACAUAUUACACAGGUGGUACAGUUGAUGUUCAAGGCAAGCUUUGGGAUGAUACAUAUGCUGUCAUUUCCUAUCAAUUCGAUAAUGACUUUGCUUUCUCUGUCAACUCUCAAAUCGACUGCUACAACGUCGAAGUUCCAUUCCGUAAGACAUUCCCUCUUAGACAGAAAGUUCUUAGCUAUGGUUCUCACGUUCUUCACAUCUGGGCUACUGAUGAGUUCCGUGUCAAGUCAACACAAUACGACUUCCCAUUCACUUAUGUCCAGCUUCAUGCUCCAGAGAUCAUGCUUACAACAGAUUUCAAUGACAGUGUUCACUACAACAAUAAAAUCUUUGUUUCAGGUCAGUUCAGAGAUCUCGAUGUUGGCGAUACAUUGACACUCAGUGUUAAGUAUCCAACAGAUGAUCCAACAGCUCCAUUCAAUCCAUUCUACACAGUAACAUCUCAGGGCGAAUGGGUUAAAUUCGAUUUCGAAUACACAAUUCCACAUCUUGAUGCUGGCAACCAUUCGCUUAUUUUCGUAGUUGUUGAUCAGCGUGGCUCCAACUCUCGAGAUGCAAUAUUCACAUUCACAAAUGUCAAGUAUCCAAAUCCAUCUCCAGUUCCAUCCCCAUCUCCAAUUCCAACACCUAUUGAUACCAAGCCUCCAUCUGGACACUACAUUGAUUCCAAUGAAACAACGACAUAUGUUCCAACAUAUACUUCUGAUUCUAAUGGUGAUCCAACAAUCACAUAUGUACCAUCUAACACAUCAUUCUACUUCAUCACUCAAUCCAAACCACCGCCAAAGAGAACACCAGACUUGACACCAACACCAACACCAUCUGCAUCUGAAGCUCAAUGGGCUAACGCAGGCUCUGGAGUAGCAUCUAAUUCUAACUCUAAACAGAAUAAGAAGAAAUUAAUCCCAAUCAUCGCUGGUGCAGCUGCUGCUGUCGGUGUUGCUGCAAUCGUCGCUGCUGCUGUUCUCAUUCAUGAAGCAAAAAUCAAGGCAAAGGAGUUCGAUCCAGAGGAUCCAGAUCUUUUCAAUGGUCCAGAUGGCGAUGCAGCUCAGGAGAAUGAUAACCCACUCUACAACGAGGAUGCUCAGGACGAUCCAUUCGCCGAUGAAUUCGACGAAGAAGCUCCAAAUGAUGGAAAUAACAUGCUUCCUCAGUAA